AUGGCCACGUGGCCACAGCCUUCCAGCCCGGAAUUUCCUGCCCCUGGCUUCAAAGAAAAGGAGGCCACAGCAGGGAGACGGAGCAGGGGCGGGGGCCUCAGCCACAGCCUCUCCGGCCACCCUCCUGAGACCUACCCCACCCGCCUCUCCAGGAUGCAGCAAGAGGUGGGGACACUGGACUCCUCCACCCAGGGCGCCGGCUUGCACAGGGAGGCAGGAGCCCUCCUUGUGGACCCCGAGACCCCAGAAGAGAUUCAGACCCGGAGUCUGGGCAGGCCCAUCAAAUCCUCGAAGCAGUACCUGCGGCAGGUUAUUGCUGAGUACGAGGCGCUGGACCGAGAGCUGCCUUGCAUCCGCAAGUUUCCAGUGCCGCCUACUGCACAGCCCCUCUGCCUCUGCAUGGAGACCUCGGAGGAUUUUACUCACCUGGACGUGCUGCAGGCGCUGGAGGCCGAGUUACCGGGGGCCAUGGAGAGUGGGCACGUGAGCAGCAUCCGCUUCGAGAACAUGAACGUCAUCUGUGGGACGGCUGGCCGCCGGGACCGGUGGCUCAUCAUGGUCGCGGACUUCCAGACGCGGUCGCGCCUGCUGCGCUCCGGGCUCAGCCCCCGCGGGCUCGCGCACCAGCUCGUGCGCCACGAUGAGUUACUGCUGGGCGACUACCGCCUGCACCUGCGCCGCGCCUUGGUGCGGCGGCGCAUGCUCGAGGCUCUGGGGGCAGAACCGACCGCGGAAGACUGA